AUGUUCACCCCCCUGGGACUCUUCAAGGACAUAGCUUGUCCCGAAGGGCAAGGAUGCUCUCUGGUGCGAUGCAUAUUUUCUCAUCCACCUAUCAACCGCUCGUCGGACGACCCCAACAACGGUCAACCUACGCUCACCGCGGGCAAAGAAACCACCUCCAUGCCUUCGAGAAUCCCCAGGCCACAGGCACCAGAGACGCCCAAACCCUCACCAAGUGCCAAACCAUCACUCCCAGUGAAGAGCCAGUCUGCAAGCACGGCUGCUGUAUCAUCAAGCCCGCCGCCCAAGAGACCCAAGACGACCCCCAGCACACCCUCCACUCUCUCCUCAGCCACAAGAGAGGUAUCUCCGCCUCGGCCAAAGUCCGGCCCUCCAGAAUCAAGCCGGGGCAUCCCAGCAAAACCCGCAUCGCAAACUCCACUGAGGAAAGCUCCCCGCGAGAGCCUCAACCCGCGCAUGCUGCCAAAAGCGCCCGCAACCCACACCGUGCGGCAGUCCAUCCUGAAGAAACUGCACAGCGCGAUGUCCGCGCUGAACGAGAAGAUUGCGCGGGAAAAAACCAGCGCCGAGACGUCCCUGGUUCUGUCGUCCGACGAGCUGAUCACGAUGGCCCUGGACGAGGAGGAGAAGGCAGCAAAGGAUAACCCGAGCGUGUACGCGAACGUGAUCAAACUCCGCAUCGUCAAGCUCACGAAGAUGAGCAAAGAGGUCUGGGUGGAGGAGGUCAAGGCGCAUCUGAACGAGAGAUACUACAAGCUUGCGCCCGUCCAGCCUGAGCAGAAGCCCAAGGCGCUCACGACUGGACUGACUGCGCAGGAGGAGAUCGCUAUCGCGAGAAAGCUGCUCACGCCACUGCAAGGCCUGGAGAACCACGGGUAUGUCACCAAGGCGCCGUCCAGCCAAGAGGUCGAAAAUGCAAGGAAGGGCGUGGUCGAGUCGAAGGGCUGGGAGAAAUGCGAUCGAUGCGGGGGCCGGUUCCAGGUGUUCCCCGGCCGUCGCGAAGACGGCUCGUUAACCACCGGCGGACAAUGCACGCACCAUCCUGGAAAAGCUCUGUGGCCGCCGCGCAAACGCACCGACCAUGUUACUGGCUCGCGAGAGGCGUACUUUUCGUGCUGCAACGAGCCGGUCGGGACGUCCACGGGCUGCACGAAAUCUCCUACGCACGUGUUUAAAGUCUCGGAAGCCAAGCGGCUGGCAACAGUGCUGCAGUUCGAGACGACCCCUGCACAGCCCGGCAAAGGGCCACAGCCGCCGCUGGCCCGAAGGCAAGAAGCUGCUGGACGUGCUGGUGCGGCCUAUCGGGGAGGUCCUGGACCUGAACUCGCGGUUUUCGGGGGUCUUCCCGGAACACUACACCCAGGCGGUGCCGUAUGGGAGCGCAGACGCGCCAGCCCCCUCGCUGGAGGAAGGCGAGGUGCAGUCGACGCCGCUACAGGUUGUGGAGUCUCCGGCGGCGGCGCGCGCGCUGCUCUUCCAGCUGCUGCAGCCGGACACCCCUCUCAUCGGCCAUGCAAUCGACAAUGA